ACUAAUAAUCGCCUAUAAAAAUAUUUAUUUUUGAUUGAUUGAAAUACAAAAUGGACAAUAUAUUGGAUACAUCAGGGUUAUAUUUUAAUGGAGAUUUUGUUACCCAAGUAAAAGAAAUAUUACAGUACAUUAGAAUGAGUAAGGAAGAUGUCGAACAAUUGCAAGAUCUUUUUGAUGAACUGCAAGACAUCUUUGAAAGAGUUUGGCAUGGUUGUCAGUUUGAAGUGUUUGGUUCUGUAGUUACGGGUCUGGCUUUAAAAAACAGUGACAUUGACAUACUUUGUCAUCUUCGUCCAUGGCUAACCCAACCGAGGGCCAUCUUUGUUGUCCAAGCGAGGAAAAUUCUUAAUUUAUACCGCCAUAGAUUUCGAAAUAUAUUAGCUAUAACUAAAGCAAAAGUGCCCAUUGUAAAGUUUUACCACAUACCAACCCAAAGACACUGCGACAUAAGUUUCUCGGGCCCCAUGGCGGCACACAACAGCCACUUAUUGGAGUACUACAUGAUGAGUGACGAACGCGUGCUACAACUAGCUCUCAUUAUCAAAUACUGGUCCAAAGUGCAUCUCUUCACCGGUCAGAAUCUCAUGCCAAAUUACUGUUUGACCUUACUGGUUAUCUUUUAUUUACAACAAAAAAACAUAUUAUGUCCGUUCAUUGCUUUACAACAAAAAGACGACGUAAGACUUGUUGACAAUUGGAAUACAGCUUUCACUAAAAUAACACACAAAUGUGACAAAAAUGAGAACUUGUAUUCUUUGUUAGGGAAUUUUUUUAAAUAUUACUAUAACUUAAACUUCGAUAAAUGUGUAAUAUCGUUGUACACUGGACGAUUAAUAGAGAGGGAAAAAUUUAUAGACGUACACAAUGUGCCUCCAGAAUUCGAAUUGUAUUCUGCUAAUGUAAAGUCAGAGGUUUGCCAGCCACUUCGCCUAGACACGUAUAUGUGUGUGCAAGAUCCAUUGAACCACAGCCGCAACUGUGCAGUCGCUGUGCAUCCCAAGUUAGCAGAAAGAAUUAUCGACUUAUUUAAAAAGGCAGCAGAAUUAUAUGAUAAAGGGCCGAGUGAUAAUUUUCUUAGAAACUUGUUGCACACUCAAGAAUCUCCCGUACCUACAAAUAAACCAAUAUUCAGAAAUGAUCACAUCAAAACGCAUGGAAUUCAAAAACGAAACAACACAAAGAAGAACCAACGAUCAAUUGAACGUGCAAGGAAUUUCAAAAGAAAAUUUAAUUAUAACAGUAAUCAGCAUAAUCAACAAAUAACUAAUAAUAAUUAACACUAACAAAUUAAAUGACUGAAA